AUGACCAGUAUGAGGAGUACAGAUCACAACACUGCGGGAGUGCUCGCUUCAGUUGGUGAAUUCUGCAGCUAUUCCUGGCCUGUGUGGCCGACACAGCACGGGCAACGUGACGGCAUGGCGGUCACAGCAUUGGAGCGGCUGCACUGUGCGGGGAUAGGAGCCGCACGUGGGGCCCUCGCUACGGGGCAGUCUCGAGCAGCAGCGCUGCAAUGGGCCCCCACAGGCAGGGCCCGCUGGAACAGUACAGAUGUGGGAACAUGGGGUCCACACAGCUGCCAAACAAGUUGUAGAUGCGCCCAAGGUCAAGGGUCUGCAGACUUCUGGAGGCGACGCCGGGUUGCAGGAGGGGCGGGCCGGACAAGUGUGCGGGCACAGGCGACCCGGAAGCAAAGCGGGAAGGUGGCCCUGGUGGGCAAGAAACUGCAGCUGAAGCCACCCGCCCCGCGGCCAGAGCAGAAGGAAGCAGGAGAGCAAAAGGGGAAGCAAGAAAACAUUGCACAGCCGCCAAGCAAGGCCCGGGAAGAGGAGGCCAAUGCAACCCUGGUGCAGCCCAAACAAACAGAGAGGACGCAAGAGGGGGUUCAGCAGAAGGCCCAGCCAGCGAGUGAGCCAGUGACGAGCACAGCCGCUGCGGAGGGGGCAGCCCGAGAGCAGUCAGACGGGGUGGAGGCCAAGCCCACUGCGGCGCAGUCUGCGGAUGAGCAGGCUGCCGAACUGCAGGCGUUGCGCAAGGCUCUGCAGGGAGUGCCCGGUGGGGAGCCGGCGCGCAGCAGCUCCGCAUUUUACGCGGGGGUGCUCGAGGAGAUUGGGCUCAUCAACUGGCCGCCGCUGGGGCAGGUGGCCGGGACAACCGCGCUGGUGAUGGGCAUGCUGGUGGGGGCCGCCACUGCGCUCACCGUGCUCAACUAUGGCCUGUCCGAAGGGACGAAGGCUUUUUUCGAGGAUGGGCCCCUCCGAGACGCCGUGAAGGGCAGCCUCGGCUUUUGAUUGUCAUUUUUGAUUCGUUGAGUCAGAAUCCUUCCUGAGGCACAAGAGAAACAGUAGACUUUGACCGUCUGAUCUGGCUUUCCGAUGAGGCACUGUGUUGCCCUUGGACUACGAGACUGUCUGUCUCUGCAAAGUUGGGCCCCACUGUACAGUCAACCCAGCAGUUGCACGGUAUGUUCGUUUCAAGCAUGCUAUUUGAACGUGCGAAAAGGGCUAUGCAGCAUGGAGUUGCAAAGAAGGAUUUGCUUUGUGUUCAGAGAUCUACUUAAAUCCGCCGCUUGCUGUUGCUGCAAAUUUCGUGUGAUCAAAGAAUCUCUACACAUGAUGAACUGAGCCAUACUAACAGACCGGCCA